AGCUGUAGAAGCACCAAACUGGUCGCCAAGAAACUCCAGGUGCACCGCGUCAGACUGCACGACUCUCUGGUGAUGCCUUGCGCGGCCAAGGAAGGAGUAAUGGUUAGGCGGGCUCGCUGGAGUGACCAGGCUGGCGGCACGGCGUGGCUCAGCCAGGCGCUGCUGUCAGACAGCACGGGUCGCCUGCGGUUUCCCAAGGUCACGGCCGUGCUGAGCGGUCACUACGAGUGCUCGGGAUACGUCCGGCUGCCACGCCGCGAGGUGUUCAUCAAAGUUCGUCACGAGAUCCAAGUGUUCGAGAGCGACAAGAACGGAACCGGAUGUCGCUUGGGAUAUGUCGUGGACGACCGGCGCUGCUGGGAGUAAACUCGCAUGUCGCCACAGGCUCGGUGCGAAAGUCGCAGAAACUGGAAAAGGAAUCGGCAAUGCUCCGGGAGGCUGGGACCCUUGACGAGCCGUCUACGUUUGUACGUCUGCCGGCCCGGGUCCUUCAGCCCUGGCGGCGAGUUCCGCAACUGCAUCCCCUGCGACUUCGGCGCCUACACCGAGCAGCACGGCUCCCCCUUCUGCCUUUGGUGUCCACCGGGCAAGUCCACUUAUCGGCAGGGAAGCACCUCGCCCAAUGAUUGUGAAGUUUCCUGGAUGAUCUAUGCUUUCCUGUUUGGAAUAACGACCCUGACAUCGCUGGUCCUAUUUGUAUGGGUGUCACAAGCCUGGUCAUCCGAACGGAGGGUUAGGACCAUCAUCAUGGAGGACAAGCUCUCACGGUGCUUUCAGCCCAAGGUUCUUCCGCCAUCUCGUAGCAGAGCUUCGGGCCGACGGGCCUGGUAACCACUGCCUCACAACGUUGGGAUGCAGCUCGCAGGCCUUAUUGCAUAGGCUUCUGAUGUCCAUUACGUGUUGUUCCUGCACGCUUGGCGACUUCAGGGACUGCAGUGCCGCUCUUGAGUCGCUGAAGAUGACCCAAGAAUCAGCUGUCUGGUCGAUGAUGUAAACUGCCCGCAGUGCAGCUAGUUCAGUGACUGUAGCCUAAGUGUGGUGACUGAGAUCUCUGCCACUUGCUGACGGAAUACACACACCAAUGGGAGAUUAUGUGGCGUAACAGAGCCAUCAGUGUAAAUAUGUCGGUCAGCCCUGUAGCUUGUGGCCCUGAACUAAGGGCUCCACCCUACGAGGAAUAUGUUUUAACAUAUCUGUUUGUUGGCCUAGUUGGUGCC